UUUUUGCACUUCAUCACAGUGAUAACUUUGUCCACCCAAAACCUGAUAUGUUGUUCUUCUUUCUUUCUUUCUCUUCACCAACAUGAUUCGUCGACCUUCAAUCUAUCUUCCAACACUGUUUCAAUCAUUCUCGAAUUCAACUUUCACUGAUAAAACCCUUCUUUCUGCUGCUUCUUCUUCUUCUACUACUACUCUCAUCACCAUUCAUGAUUCUCACUCCAAUCGCACUUUGAGUCCCUUUUACAAUCUUCUCCCUCCCACCCAAAACCCAAACAACAUCGUAAACCUCAUCUCUUCGAUCCUCAAACACGAAAGUUCCCAUCUUUCCCUUGUCCAAAAUAAUGACAUCAAAGGGAUUCUCUCCCACUUGGGUCCCCAUGAAAUUUCAAGGGUCUUGCUCAGAUGCCAGUCUGAUCACGCUUCAGCCAUCACUUUCUUCAAUUGGGUUAAAAAAGAUUUGAAUAUCACACCAACUGUGCAAAAUUACUGUGUAGUUCUUCAUAUACUUGCUUGGUCUGGAGUGUUCUCUCAGGCCAUGGAGUUUUUGUCUGAAUUGAUACAAAUGGUUGAGGUUGAGGGUGUUUGUGUUUCUUCAAAUGGGGGCAUUUAUGAGAAUCUUGUGGCGUGUACUGAGGAUUGUAAUUGGAACCCUGUGAUAUUUGACAUGCUUGUCAAGGCUUAUGUGAAGGUUGGAAUGGUUGAGAAGGGUUUGGAAACUUUUAGGAGGAACAUUGAGGCUUGUUUUAUCCCCAAUGUGAUUGCUUGCAAUUGUUUGCUGAGUGGGUUGUCUAGGUUUAAUUACAUUACUCAGUGUUGGGAAGUGUAUGAAGAGAUGGGAAAACUUGGAGUACAUAGGAAUGCUUAUACUUUCAACAUUAUGACUCAUGUUUUAUGCAAAGAUGGAGAUACUGAUAAGGUGACUGGAUUCUUGGAGAAGAUGGAGGAGGAAGGUUUUGAACCUGACUUGGUCACAUAUAACACACUUGUUAAUAGUUAUUGUAAGAAAAAGAGAUUGGAGGAUGCUUUUUAUUUGUACAAGAUCAUGUAUGUUAGAGGUGUGAUGCCUAAUUUGAUCACAUACACAACCUUGAUGAAUGGUCUUUGUGAAGAAGGGAAGAUCAAGGAGGCUCAUCAGCUAUUUCAUCAGAUGGUUCACAGAGGCAUAGAUCCAGAUAUUGUGUCCUAUAAUACUCUUGUGUGUGGAUAUUGCAAGCAAGGUAAGAUGCAAAUGUGUAGAUCAAUAUUGUAUGAAAUGAUAGGAAAUAGGAUUUGUCCUGACAGCAUCACUUGUAGGCUUAUAGUUGAUGGAUAUGUUAGGGAUGGAAAACUUGUGUCAGCAUUGAACACUGUUGAAGAGCUUAAGAAAUAUAGAAUAAAGAUUCCUGAAGAAGUAUAUGAUUAUCUUGUAGUUGCAUUGUGUAAGGAAGGUAAGCCAUUUGCUGCUAGAAGUUUUCUGCAGAGGGUAAUAUCUCAGGAUGGCUAUAUACCUAAAAUGAAUACAUACAAUAAACUGGUUGAGUCUCUAUGUGGAUUCAAUAAUGUGGAAGAGGCAUUAGUUUUGAAAUCUGAGAUGGAAAAGAAGAGCAUGAAAAUGAAUAUUGUUGCCUAUAGUGCUCUUAUAAGCUGCAUGUGUAGAGUGAAGAGGAGUCUUGAGGCUGAAAGUUUGUUGGAGGAAAUGAUCAGUUCUGGUAUGUUACCUGAUGUAGAAAUAAGCAGGGCAUUGAUAAAAGGGUAUUGUGAGGAAAAUAAGGUUGAUAAAGCUGUGUUCUUAUUGAAACUCUUUGCCAAGGAGUUUCAAGUUUAUGAUAAUGAAAGCUACAAUGCAGUUGUGAAAGUGUUUUGUGAUGUUGGUAAUGUGACAGAGUUGAUGGAGAUUCAGGAUAAGCUGCUCAAAGUGGGGUAUGUUCCUAAUAAGUUAACAUGCAGAUAUGUGAUCCAUGGAUUGCAGAAAGCUAUGGAGGUAGAUGAUGAGAUUUUACCAUAAUUUUGAAAUAAAAUAAAAUUAAUUUUACCUUAAUUUUGAAAUUCUUUUUCAAUCAUUUUCAAAAUCAAGUGUCUUCUUACUUUUUCACAUAUACCCUUUUCAUCAUCACGAUUG